GAGUUCAUGGCUCUUGUAGUGGUAUAGAUGCUUCUAACUCGUGAUGGUGAAUGCAUGAGCUUGAAACGCUGGCUAAUGUGCUUCUUCUUGCCUCUUUUAGCAGCCUGGCUUUGGGGUGGCUACAUUUAAAGGGCUGUGGACUUUCGGGAAGAAACCGCCUGUUCCAUCCAACUGUCUCGUGUUAAUUCACCCUGUUUGGCAUUUGCAUUGAUAAUGCCCGCCACGCUUGACAUCAUACCCUUGUACGCCACUCUCCUCGACGCCUGCUCCUCCGCCAAAACUCUCCAAAACCUUAAACGCCUUCAUUGCCGGACCAUUAUACUUGGCAUUUCCCACCACGACUUCAUACGGACCAAGCUCGUCUCCUCCUAUGCCUCUUGUGCCCAACUACACCAUGCCAACGUGCUCUUCUCCUUCGCCACUCGCCAGCCCACCUUCCUUUUCAACACCCUUAUCAGAGCCCAUGCGUCUCUUGGUUUGUUCUCUCAUUCCCUAUUCAUCUUUCACCAAAUGCUCAUUGCUGGCAAGUCCAUUGACCGCUACACCUUGCCUCCUGUUCUCAAAUCUUGUGCUGGAUUAUCGGCUCUGAGACUUGGCCGCCAGGUCCACGGGAUAGUUUUGGUUAAUGGAUUCGCCUUAGAUACGACGAAUUCGAAUGCAUUGAUUACCAUGUAUGCGAAGUGUGGUGAUUUGGUCAAUGCGCGUAAGGUGUUCGAUGAAAUGUCGGUAAGGAAUCAGAUAUCUUGGUCCGCAAUGAUGGCAGGGUAUGGAAUGAAUGGAAUGUUUAAUGAGGUGUUUGAGUUGUUUGAUAGGAUGGUGGAGGUAGGAGAGAGGCCAGAUGGUGUCACUUUUACAGUGCUCCUGACAGCGUGUAGUCAUGGGGGGUUGAUAGAAAGGGGGAAGGAGUAUUUUGAGAUGAUAGAAAGGAGGUUAGGAGUGCGACCAGGGCUAGAGCAUUAUACUUCAAUGGUGGAUAUGCUGGGAAGGGUGGGGCAGGUUGAGGAAGCGGAGAAAUUAAUUUUAGAAAUGGAGGUGGAGCCUGAUGAAGCUCUGUGGGGGGCCUUGUUGGGGGCUUGUAGGAUUCAUGCGAAGGUGGAGGUGGCUGAGAGGGUGGUUGAGAAGGUUUACAAUAAGAGACGUGGUGUUGCAUCUAUAUGAAUCAUUUAAGUUAUUCUUCAUCGUGAAUUUUGUUAUUUUUAAUCACAGUAACUUAUAUGUCAAGUUGUUUUUAUAUAACUUAUAAAAUUGCAAAAAACGUGUUCCAUCAAAUUAACGUUCAGAAUCUUCUGGGACGUGUUUCUAUCUCUAUUUUCUUUUUCUCCAAGUUUUCCAAUGUGUAUGUAUCAACCAGUUCAAAACGGAGGUCUCAUAUUUGAAUUUGCUUCAUAAUGACAACCAGAAAAUCUGAACUAGCAUUCUGGAUCCGCAAUGUCGUCUCCUGCCGAAUUUUCUAAAUCUCUUCCACCCUUAACUAAGGCUUAUGGGACACUUUGUCUGUUGGCUACUACAGUCUAUCAGAUUGGACUAUUUGAUACUCGAGAUAUUGCACUAGUCCAUAAACUGGUAUUCACAUGUUUUCAGUUAGAUUUGGAGUUCAACUUGAGAAUGGAACAUUUGACAGAUGGAGGGCAGAUUUCUUGUGGAUGAUGAUAUUUGGAGCCUUUUCACUAUUGGCAUCCAUUUAUUCAUUUUUUUGUUUUAGGUAUUAUCAGCCAUCCCCAUAUUUUGGUCUCCUUUCUUUGGAAUAUCACUUGUGUUCAUGCUUCUCUACAUCUGGAGAAGAGCUGGUGUGUCUUUCAGAGGGAGGGCGUACUGACCUGGUGAUUAAUUCUGCUCUUUUAUCAGGGGACCAGAUUAUCUCCCUUUGUUUCAAAUUCUUUAUCUUUCCCUUUUUGGAUGGCACGCUAAAAACGGUGCUUGGGAAUUAAGGGUUUCAGCUAGAGGGUCCUGACAGUUGCAUUUCAAGCAAAUUUUCUCCUUCAGCAUUUCACUAUAUUGUUCAUUGCUGAAAUGUCUUCUUCAGAAAGAUCUGUACUUUUUUUUUUCCCUUCAGCUGAAAUUCUAAAGGUGAAUUAUUAUAUUGUGGAACAGAAAGGAAAUAUACGGAAGUUGUAGUUGUUGGGAAAUGCUUGAAUCCAUGCAAAAAUUUAUAAUUUCAA